AUAUUUCUUAAAGCCCCCCAAACCAUCUAGGGAUAAUUUUGAUCCCUUCCUAAUUGCCUCAAGAGAUUCCACGUUUCCUCUAUAUUACAAAUAUUGACUGUCCCAUAAAAACCUGUCAUCCUCCAUUCAGGACUUUCCCCAUCUUCUUUAAUGAUUACAUCAAUAUGAUUCUUUGAAUAGUUUCAAAGUUGAACCAUGGUGCCUUCUUUCCAAGCUAAACAUAGACCCCCUUACGUUCCUUCAGCUGAAAACACAAUACCAUUUUGAAACCCACAUCUUUUAUGCAACUUUUCCAUUCGAGACAAUUUAACUUCAUCUCCAUGAAUAAGACAAUUUAGGAACAAUAUUUCUUCAACAUAUGUUUAAGCUUUCUAAUAUCCCGCGGGUUCUCCAGUCCGCGGACAUUCUAGCUUGAGAGUUUCAUUGCUCUCGGUCGGCUUGCCUAUUGGCAGUCGCCGGUCUUUUUUUGUACUUGAGUGAUUUGCUCAUUAAUAGACCUUAACGAAUCUGCAGAAACAGAAACACUAGCGAAUCUGCAAAAACAGAAACGCUAAAAUCCAUAUUUUCAAACCUGGGCUUUUUCUUCCCAUCCCCACUUUCUAUCAAACUAUCUUCUAUAUCCUUCACCAUAUCGGCCAGAUCCAUCCCAUUAAAGGAUCCCGCCUUAACAUUAUUAGCUUGAUUUUUGAAUCUUUCCAAAUUAAAUCCCAAUAUUGAUUUCCCCAACUCUCUACUCAUCACAUCUCUUGAAUUCCACCCCAUAUCACACUUUCCCCAAUUUGCAUUUCUUCCUUACAGAACCGAACAUUAUUCACUGUUGUAGCUCUUCUUGUUGACGGCCUCAAAGACAAGCCCCAACCCAUAUCCAUUUCUUUCAUACCUUAAGUCUGAUUAAAUAAAAAUUAUCUCCAUGACCUAAUAUCACAUAGAAAGCAAAAAAAGGUUAAUGUUUCUUACCGAAAUUGAGCAAAGUUUUAGAUCACUAUAAAUUCAUUAGAGUAUUAUAGUGGCAAGAUCGUCCUAAAAUUAACUCUGUGUAAAAGGUCUGUUCCAAUUCUUCAACAAAGUCGCGCCAAAAAUCUACAGGAGAAUUAGAAGCCACAAUGACAAAACGCCGAAUCUCUAAUUCUGAAUCAGAAGAAAGUGGAAGUGUAAGCGAAGAAGAAGAAGAUGAUGAUAAUGAAGUAAUCCUCAAGCAAGAACAACAAGGUAUAUCCGAAUACGAGAAGCAGAGACUAGCGAGAAUUGCAGAGAACAGAGCCAGAAUGGAGGCUUUGGGUCUGCCCAAAAUUGCCUCUUCUUUGAUGGGUUUGUCGCCAAAUACAAGUCGGACUUCGAGCAAGAUUAAAGGGAAACGCAAGGUCAUUGAUGACGAUGAAGAUUACAGGCCCAAUGAUAACGAGGACGACCACGACGAAGACGAUGAUGAUAAACUUGAUGGUGAUGAUGAGGAGGAGUUUCCGGGUAGUAAAACGCCUCAAACUCAGUCUCGUAAAAAGAAGAUGAAAAAUAAAGGCUCAAGAUCUAAGAAGAAAGCUUCUGUUCAAAAACAUUUGAGUAGUUCAGAUUUCAUUGACGAUGGUGAUGAUGAAUUAAUGAAGGCAAUUGCUCUGUCCCUUAAAGAUUCUGGAGAAGUUUUAGGUGCUGUACCUACAGUUGUGCAAGAUGCUACUUUCACUGAAAGCAAGGGGAAUGCUCGAUCGAAGAGGAAAAAAUCGUUCACCAGCCGCAUGCAGAUGACUGAGGAUGAAAUGGUCGUGCACUUCUUUCACUUUGAUGAAGCUGGAAAAGGAAGCAUUUCUAUGAGAGAUUUACGAAGAGUAGCUAUUGCACAUGAUUUUAUGUGGACAGAUAAGGAGUUGGCUGAGAUGAUCCAAUGCUUUGAUACCGAUGGCGAUGGGAAGCUAAAUCUUGAUGAUUUCCGGAAAAUUGUCAGCAGGUGUAACAUGUUACGAACAUCUGACAAUUCUUAAAUAGGAUUCAAGCUUAUUCUGUUAUAAGAUGUACCUUUUGUGAAUAGAUUAGAAUCUUGUAAUCAAGACUCGGUGCUCCUUCCUUUUAUUCUACAAGUUAAAUGCUUCCAACUACAAAUGUACAAAUUUCAGCUAUAUAUAAUUUGAUGAAAAGUUGGAUA